UAAUACCGACUUGUUAUAAAGUCAAGGCUCUACCAAGGACUUGACCAUGGACCCCCGAAGCAGUGCCCAGGAUGUGGUGCGUUGUGAUGUGUGUGAUACUCCUGUCCCCCUACUACACUGUGACUUCUGUCAGACCAAUCUCUGCAAAGCUUGUGUUGGGAACCAUGUGCUGGAUUUUUCCAAAAAACAUCACCUGGUACCGUUCCAAGACCGAGGAUCUACUCCAAAUUAUCCUAAUUGCCAAAAACAUUCCCUCAAACAAUGUGAACUUCAUUGUGAACAAUGUGACAUUCCUAUCUGUGUCCUCUGUGUUUCCUCUAAAAGUCACGAAAACCACGAAAAAAUAGACAUUAUAAGUUAUUUUGAAGCAAAAAAACAUGAUUUACAAACAGAUUUACAAGAAUUAGAUAAAACAGUUAUUGCAAAAUAUCAAGAGAUUGCAAACAACAUCACAGUUCAGAAAGCUGAUCUUAAUAAAAACUCAAAGAAAUUGGCAACCACAAUCGACAAACAUGGAGAAGUCUGGCACAGAGAUAUAGACACCAUUAUACAGAAACUGAAAUCUGAUCUUGAUGAAAUGGACACCAAACACCUGGCUGUCUUAAACAAACAGGAAGAUGAAAUUACACGCACCAUUUCUGAAAUCACACAGAGCAUUGCUGAUCUGAAGAAGUUAGUGGACUCCAAUGAUGUCAGCCGUGUCUCUGCCUACAAAUCCAGGAUUGCUGAAUUCAGAAGAUUGCCUCCUAAACUCACAGUUUCUUUACCAAACUUCACCCCUCAGAAAAUUAACCCAGAACAACUUUACCAACAAUUUGGUUCCCUGUCAGCAUUCUCCAUUACAACAGAGGAACAUGGCUACACCAUGGAAACCUCAGAAGCUGGAUCCUCUCCUCUCAAACCACUGCUUGAUGAGCCACGAAUCAUCUCCACCAUACAGACACAGUAUGGAGGCUUUUAUUAUGGUCUAACCAGUGUUACUUGUCCCAGUGAUGAAGAAAUCUGGACGUGUAGUUAUAAAAAUAAGAUGAUGAGUCUCUACAACCUGCAGGGGGAACUAGUGAAGUCAGUCCAAACCAAGUCAGAGAACGCUCCAUACGACAUAGCAGUGACAAGGAGUGGGGAUCUAGUUUAUACUGAUUACGAUGGUAGAACUGUGAACAUAGUGAAGAAUACACAGAUACAGACAGUGAUCAGACUACAGGGGUGGAUACCUCUCAAUGUCUGUAGUACCUCCUCUGGUGACCUCCUGGUUGUCAUGUACAGUGAUGAUUAUAAACAAACAAAAGUUGUGUGUUACUCUGGCUCCACAGAGAAACAAAGUAUUCAGUACGACGACAAAGGACAACCUCUCUAUUCAUCUGGUAACAUUAAAUACAUCAGUGAGAACAGGAACCUAGAUAUCUGUGUGUCAGACCCUGGAGCCGGUGCAGUAGUGGUGGUCAAUCAGGCCGGGAAACUCCGCUUUACCUACACUGGUCCUCCCUCUGCUACCGAGGGAUCAUUCGAUCCACGCGGCAUCACAACAGACAGCCAGGGUCGGAUCCUGACCGUAGACUAUGACAACGACUGUAUCCACAUCCUGGAUCAGGACGGACAGUUCCUCCGCUACAUUGACAACUGUCAUUUACAGGCUCCAUUGGGUUUAUGUGUGGACACCAGAGACAACCUCUUUGUGGCUGAGUACGGCACACGUAAAGUGAAGAAAAUACAAUAUCAGAUGUAAACACUGUGUGUGUAUUAUAUGUAAACAAACUGUGUGUGUGUAUUAUAUGUAAACAAACUGUGUGUGUGUAUUAUAUGUAAACAAACUGUGUGUGUGUAUUAUAUGUAAACAAACUGUGUGUGUUUUAUAUGAUACAGUUUGUAAUAUGUAAACAAGCUCUAUGUGUGUGUCAUAUGUAAACAAACUGUGUGUGUGUAAUAUAUUCUAACAAAAUAAUAUGAAAACAUAUACUAUUUUGAUCACACAGAUCAAGGUUUUCUUGAGUUUAGAUAUUAUCAUAGCUAUCUUUGUGGAUUGUUUCAUUGGACAUUGAGAUGGUGUACCGUUUGUUCCACAUAAAUAUUAUUAAUAUUUCCAGUAGGUGAUUAUAAUUACAUACUUUGUAUAUUUUGAUUAAUAUGUAAAAACACGAAGUGUGUACUUGCCAAUAAGUUUAAUUGCUGUAUGUGAAUUGCUUUAUAAUUAUGUAUAA